AUGUUCAUUCUUUCGGCGAUAAAUUUGAUCGAAGGAAGAAGUUUAUCAAAUAAUGACGCGUUAUCAAUUCAUCAAUACGCUAAAGUUGCCAAAUGGGGCGCAAAUGAGAAUGUUACUAAAGUUCAACAAGGAAGAAGCAACUCAGGUCAUGCCUUAUGGCCCCACAAGUCGGAUGUGAAUUUCAUCCAAACUCAGAACUCCAAACCCACGGUGGUGAAGCAAUUCCCUGUUUAUAUUAAGCCCCAAUCAAGGCAGGACAGUGUGAAGGUAGACAACAAUCCCGGAAUAGGCGAGGUAAUCCAGGACCGUUUCAACGCCAGACCAGCCUUCAGCUACACCCAAAUACCUCCAAGAAACCAAGACAGCGCCACAUACGGACCUCCAAAGCUAUCCACGCCUCCUGCUGCAUUUCCAGCUGUGUUCAACGUCGCUCCUGCUUCAGCCAGCUCGAAUAAACCCCCUGUGGACUUAUAUACUUCCCCCUAUAGUUCUUACAAUCCACCGGACAUAAAACCGGAGACCAAUCAAGACUCUUACCCACCUAGUAUCGACUCGUAUGCUGCACCUCCUUCUGAUGACUCGUAUGCUGCACCACCUUCUCAUGGUGAUGGCCCAGAGCAGCUGCCACCCAAACCCACUUCGGCUACGCUUGGGCCUCCAUUAUCGCCAGACUUCGGACAUAGUCAUGUUAGGGAGGUAGAUGUCUACCCUUCUGACCAUGAGGACUACCAGAUGCCCAAGAACGGUGGGGACAUGCCCCCAGAACCACCGAAGAGCAUAGACGAUGUAUACUAUCCCCCUGAUUUUCCUAAGGACCAACAGCAGAUGAAGGCUGUUGACAUGACGGCUGAUCUUAAUCCUCCCUCAGGUCCAGCGGCGUUCGACCACCAUUUUCCGCAUUACCUGUACGAUAACCACCAUUUUGACCACCAUGUUUAUGAGGAGAUACCGCACCAUACUACUACUGAGGCUACUGAGAAGCGUGUUAGUAGUACCCAUUACAGUUACUACUAUUUGGGAAGGAAGCUCUGGUACAUUCCGCUGUACUUUAGCAUAUACUUUAUGAUAUAUGUUACGGCGCUUAUUUUGAAAUCUAUAGCCAGGCAUAAGGUGGAAUUGAAGAACGAGUGGUCUACUUCGCAUUCUAGAAGUGCUAGGCAGCUGAACUUGGGGUCAUUGGAGACUGUUGAUCAUCUACAUAGGAAUAUUACUGCUGCUCUGGAUACUGCCCACAAAUUGUAUGACGAAAUUAUGUAA